AUGCCUCGUCUUCUUACUCUCGCUGCCGGCCUGGCGCUGGCUGCUGCCCAACUCACCUCCUCCUCGCUCGAGAAUCACGUCGAUACCCUCACUUUGGGUGCCUCUUUCAACCCCGUCAAGGAAGCCUACUGGACUGGCCUUCCUCACCAUCGCCGAACUCCCUUUGCCGUCUCUCCAGAUGGAAAAACUGCUUUCUUGGCUUACCUCGAUGCUAGCGGUACCGGUGUCCACAUCCAGGGUGUUGACCCCAAGACCUUUGCUGCUGUUGGAACUCCCAUUACGGUCAAGAACGGUAAGGAGGCUGGUGGUCUCGUUGCCCACAACGAUGGCUUUGCCCUCUUGACCAACGAGGUUGUCUCUGGAGAGUCUAAGGAUCCUCUCCCUGUGAUCUACAAGUACACCAAUGGCAAGCAGGCUUUCCGAACUCUCCUUGGUGGUUCUGGCUUCUCAGGAAAUGCGCUUGCUUCUCCUGACAUCAACGGUGAUCUUGUCUUCUCUGAGAAGGCUGGCUACUACGCCGCCUACAUCGUUGUCACCUCUUACAGUGGCGAUGCUUCCGGUCACUUUGGUGAUGCCAUUCGCUACAUCACCCCUGAGGGCAAGGUGGAGGAGAUCCAGGGCGCCUCCUCGUCUUGGGGCUGCUCUCACAACACUGGUAUCGCCUUCGAAGCCGCCGAUGAGCCUCCUUUCGCUUCCCUCUGCUCCGAAGAUCAGGGUGCUAUCUGGUUGAACACCGAGACUCAGGGCAUGAGCAACAACGGUGUCAAGGUCUCCAACGAGCACGUCAUCAACGGUGCCAGCAACGAGCCAAUGGGUGGAAUGAGUGGCUCUUACAGCUCUCUUGCUCGUUUCAUUGGUGCUGACUCUUACAUCUUCUCCUGGGUUUCUCGUGGUGCUAUCGAUCUUACUCUCAACGAUUGGAUGGGUGAGGGCUACACUCACGCCGAGAACCGUACCAACAACCGCAACGUUGCCAUUGCUCUUUUCUCUGACAAGAAGACCCUCAUUGGCGAGCAGGCUUCCUCCAAGGUCGGUGCCAAGGAUGGUGAUAGCCAAGUCACCUGGGUGACUGAUGGUGCCAAUGACUGCUCCAACGCUCACGUUGCUACCUUCGAUGCUUCCACUGCUCUUGUCACCUGGGAGGAGAUCUCCAACCCCGUCUGCGAGUUCGAGGCCAUGGGCUGCAAGGGUAAGUUUGCUGGUACCAAGUUCCAGGCUGUCGACAGCAAGGGCAAGAAGCUUGGCUCUGCCAUUACUUCUGAGGAUACAUACGUUGCUGGUGACAUGGUCACUAUGUCUGAUGGCCGUAUCUGCUGGCCCUAUGUCAACAUGGCUUGGUCUCUCAGUGGGCCUACUCAGGCUGCCGAUGUCAAGAAGAUCUCCUUCGCUUGUAUCUCCAACGGCAGCGGCUCUGGAUCCGGGUCUGGAUCUACCACCAAGGCUUCUACUGCUAUUUCUCAGGCUUCUGCUACCAAGACUCCCAAUGCUGGUGCUGCCAAGCCUUCGACUGUUGAGUCUGCUGCCGCUGCUGAGGGUUCCUCUGGAGAAUCUACCGUCCCUGAGGGCGCACCACGUCCCUCUUUCGCUACAGUCCCUGGCUCUGUGACUGAUGUUCUCUCCGCACCAACUGAGGUCAGUUCGUCUGCUGCUGCUGAGAAGCCUUCUUCAGUUGUGAUCAAGCCCUCUGCUCCCACUGUCCCCGAUGCUGGAGAGACCGAUACCCCCACUGAUGGUGAUGGCGAACCUGCUACCGCUGAGGCUCCUACAAAGGCCGCCCCCACUGCUUCGAAGCCCACCGAUAGUGAGGACGACUGUGAUGAGCAGGAAUCCGGCAACGCCCCUGUUGCAACCCAGGCCCCUACCGAGAGCGCAGCCCCUGUUGAGACUAUUCCCACCUCCGCUGACGGUGAAGAUGACUGCAACGAGGAAGCCUCAGGUAACUCUCCUGUUACCACUCAGGCACCCACCAAGGUUAACAAGCCUUCUGGCCGCCGCACCCGCACUCGAACCCGCACUCAUACCCCUCGCCCCAGCUCCCCUUUUUCCAAGAAGGAGUGUGUGGCUAAGACUGUUACUCAGACUGUCUAUGUCACUGCUACUGCUACCCCUGGGUACUAG